GGAGUCACGCGGGGCGGGCGCGAUGGCGGCUCCCGCGGACGGCGCCGACCUGGAGGCCUCGCUGCUGAGCUUCGAGAAGCUGGACCGCGCCUCCCCGGACCUGUGGCCUGAGCAACUGCCCGGGGUUGCCGAGUUCGCCGCCUCCUUCAAAAGCCCCAUUACAAGUUCUCCUCCCAAGUGGAUGGCUGAAUUAGAAAAUGAUGAUAUUGAUAUGUUGAAGGAGUUGGGGAGCCUCACUACAGCUAAUCUGAUGGAAAAAGUUCGUGGCCUGCAGAACUUGGCUUAUCAGCUGGGACUAGAUGAAUCUAGAGAAAUGACUCGAGGGAAAUUCCUGAACAUCCUAGAGAAACCCAAAAAGUAGCUGCUGCAUCUAGUGUUUGGACGAAAAUACGCCAACUAGGUCAUUUUAUGUACUGCGGAUACAGAUGAAGCCCAGAACUUCUAAGAAGAAAAAAGCUCUUGCUCUAGACCUUCAGAAGCAAACAUUUAUUUUUGCUUCCACAGCUCAUCUCUUCAUGGGGGAAAAUGUACGGCAUACACAGGUCACAAGGACUGCGGAUGGUUGUGUUGGAAUUUGGACUUAUCUGACCAUAGAAUGUCCAACCUGACGUGCUGUGACACAGUUACCUGUUUUAAUCAGCUGUUCAAAGUGAACAACUAGAGUCUUUGUUCAGCUGCUCUCAGGGGCAGCCCCUGUUUGAAGUACACAGCAGAUCCGACUCUGGCUGGUGUGCAUCGUGAGGCAUUGACCCUUUUGUGUGUCUUUUGUAUCAGAUGCAUUGAUUUCCUGUGUGUGACUUCUGUGCUAAAGGGUUUGAGCAUAGUUUGGGGUGUGGAUUAACCAAUACUGGUUCAGCAGGAGCAUAUGCUUUUAGUGUAGAAGCCGAGUGCAGUCUCUGCAUUAGAUUCCAGUUACUCACUGCCUUCAGAGAAGCAUGUCUGGUACUCCAAGGCAGACCCUCGGUAUGCCAGGAGCUUCAUUUCCCGGCUAAACGGUUCUCUAGUGAAACUGAGACUGACAGACCACUGUAAGCAGUGUUACUGUGCCAGGAAGGAAAAUAUUCUCGCAGAAGCUUUGCCCAGUACACAAAGAAACAGCUUUGUCAGUCCACUGCAAUUCUCUACUUCUUACAGAGCUAGAAACUGGGAAGAGUUACAAAGUUGAAAAGUGCUAAUAUUUUCAGUUAGCACUCUGAGAAAUGGCAACAGCCACAUUGCAAGGAUGGUCUGCCUAUACAGACCCUUAGCAUUUCUGAAAAUAACAUUUUGUGGUAUCUUUAAUUACUUAUAUACCUCAAAAUGUUCUUCUCCUACAAAACCAGAAUUUUUAAGACAGAAAUUUCUGUGACCUGGUCCCUUUCAGCACACUGUUUUGGGCUUUAUUCAUCUUACAGUUUAAUGCCUUUUCCUUCUGUUCAUGCACUUUUACGUGUUCACCCCUUAGAAGAGGUAAAGAGCAUGUUCAGACUUUGUUUUAUUUAAGAGAAUAAUUUCUUUUGUUUCAUCCUCUUUCCUUUUCCUAGAAAACAACAUUUUAAGCAUUAGUAAAUAUGUUCUUUUAGGGUACAAUAUAAUGUGGAAACACUGGGUGAAGAGAAGGGUUUUUUCUCUAUUUCGAAAUGUUAUUUUUAUCAUGCAGGCUUUUCAAAAUUUGUCAUUUCUCAGUAGUCACAUAUGAGAAGAGAAAUUACUUGGAAAUAGUACAUGUAAUAGGCUGUCCUUAGAGCCCUGCAUUUUUCUGGGUUUGCAGGGAGAGGAGACUCUUUUCAGGUGCAUGUGCAAUAAAGAGAGGGAGAUUUUUUAAAUCAAAUAGACUUCUGUGAGUUUUUACUAAAUUGCUGAUGACCCUUUGGUUUGCUGUCUGUGGUCUUGGUUAUUGCCAGUCAGAACUGGGCUUGUUUUGGACAGCUCCUGUUAACUAAGUUUAAGUAGUUAGAUCCCACAUGCUGGAAAGACCUGCACAAAUACUGAAUAUUUAGGAAUGUCAGGAGUCUGAUUUUAAAAUUAACAGAGUUAUUCCUGUGCUUCACAAUUUAUGCAGGGCUGAACUAAACAGAAACUCCUUCCCUUGAGAAUAUGAGAGUUAAGUCAAAUGAAUGAGAAGCUGAAAGUGGUAGUUCAGAAACAGAAAAAAACCUGAUGGUUCAAACUGAUGUUGAUGUAUCUUUAAGCAUUGAAUUAUACAUUUUGAAUGCAAAUUUAAAUUUGUAUACUAUACAUAUAAUAUAUUUAGGAUGACAUAAUGAGAUACUUCAUCUGUAUCACCAAUAUGAGUUUGUGCAUUUUUUAGAGGUUUGUUGGUCCAACACAUUAAUUGAGAUCUGAAAGGAGAAUAUAUGGAAGCCUGUUAUGGAAGUAUAUGUAUAUUUUCUGAUAUGUGCUGUAAGGAAUUUCAAACUUUAGGUAGUUUUUAGUAACAUACAUAUGUUCUUAAAAAAUAAAAAGAAAGAAAAAUCUCCUUUUACCAUAUGCAGUACUUAUCUUCUACAGGGCAGCCAUUAACAUAUGCUUUAGAAUUGUGAUAUUUCUUGGUUUUGUACUUGUCAUCUGUAGAGAGGAGUCAGUGAUUUUUUUUUUUUUUUAUUGACAAUAUUUAUAUAUAUUUUUGUGUGUUAGCCAGAGAAUUUUUUUCUGUCUGGUAUUGCUGUGUGGUUUGAUAAUACACAAAUGCAAAGCUCAGAAGUUUGUCUGGGUUUCCAAAAUAGCCCUCUGAGAUGCAAAAGCUUUUGCUUGGCCACCUAGGCAAUACUCUUCCUCAGGCUCUUCUUCACUCAUCUGUGUGCCACCAUCUCAGGGUUUGGCCUGUGGAUGUUCCAUUCCCAUUAAUAAAUAAAUAUUUGUCAGUGUCCAAAUGGUACUAAGGGUUUUCAUACCCUUUUGAACCCUAUUUUUUCCUUGAAUGGCAUCUUUCCUGAUAUCCAUGCAGUUAUAUAUCUAUACAAGGAAAUCUGAGUGACUUCUUGUUACUGGUAACCUUCUGUAUUUUGAAAGAAAAAUUAAAUUUUGAUAAAUGAUGGAAAUGAAGAGUGU